CCCCAAUAUAAGAAACUGUGUGAUGGUUUAAUAGUCAUUGAUUCGAAUCUAGUCAAUUCUUUGCUCAGAAACCUUAAAAUCUCAUCGGAGCUUUUGAAUGAUCGAGGAAAUCAGAUAUAAAACGAUGAAACAAGGAAGACUCAACAUAUGCGUUGUAGAAACAAGAGUGAGUGGUGGAAGUAAUGUUUUAAACCCUACCUACAUACUGCAAGUAAAUCAUGCGAAUCGGAAGUAUAACUGUAUGUAAAUUAGGAUGAGCAAAGCAAGGAUAGGAAAUAGUAGUUUCUAUUGGAAAAUAAGUAAGACAUCACAGAGCCCAUGGAAAUAUAGUUGGCCAGUAACAAAACUAAAGAGUUGGAUCAGUGACAUGCUACAUCCAAUGAAAGAGACGCAGAUUAGUUCUCAUCUAUUUUCUAAAUUGAUCAAAUGGAAUUUACGCAUCCAAAAUGACAAAAUACUUACAUCUACACAAAUGGAACUUUGAGUUCAGGUGGCACGGUAUCACUUAGAAAGGAAGCUACUUUAUCCAGCUUGAGUAGAACUUCAAUCCCCUAUAACGUACGUGCGUGCUGAUCAACUGUCAUGUUUGAAGGCUUUCCAAGGGGUAAGGUACGACACGAUCACACACAACGUAUCGUUAAAUAACAAUACAAUAUAAGAAUCAUUCUAAAUAUAUGAUCAUAAAUUGUAUGAGAAGAUUUAUAAUGAUUUUGAGAGCUAAGCAGAUAUAUAGUAGAUGGUGCAAGGACUGAAUUUUAGUUUGACAGAGGCGACAUGAGCAACCAUUCGAGCAUUAUGACAGAGUAAGGAGUAGAGUGAAGCAACCAAUUAUACAUAAUUCAGGUGGUCUCUCUUGGUGAUUUCGAAGAACAACCAUAAAUAGUAUCUCGAUUUCACACUUAUAAAAAACUAUUUUUUAUAAGCUUAAUAAAAGAUGGCUUGGGUUUCGCUACAAUAUCCCGGUCUGUAAAACUAUGCAAAACCCGAUCGUAUCAUAUAUAUCAUCGUAUCACGAAGACCGGGUUGUGCAGAAUUUUGCAGACCAGCACAAGUAUUUUAACUGGGCUUUUAUUAGGCCCAGAAACAAGUUGCGGGCUCAAAACUAGGCGAAAUAAAUUUUGUUUUCCCGCCCGCCUCGUGAACACACAGUCCAAGCCCACAGCACAACAGAUCCAACCCGCCUCGUGAACUCUUUCACCGUCACCCCGUUCUCCUCCUCUCACACUCUCUCUCCUCUUUCCCGCCCAAUUUCCAGCCAGCGACGCCGACGUCAUCAACCGCCACCGCCGCCUUAUAAGCACAGUAGCCCACACAGAAAAGCACGCUCUCGACUCAGAGACUUCCAUAACAGAAUCUCCUCCGCUCACAACAACCUCACCCGCUCUCGAUUUUCUACAUUCACUCUCUCUCUCUCUCAUUCACCAAAGGACCGCCAUGGAUGCUCCGCUGAAGCUUUUCCACCUCCUCCUCCUGCUCUCUCUUUCCUCCAUCCUCUCCACUCCAAGCGCAUCCUCCACCGCCGCCUUCGUUACAGACACUUCUGCCCUCGCUUCGUCUCCAUCCUCCUCAACCGGCGGCCAUUCGUCGCUGCCGACUCCUCCGCCGCCGCCAGAGGCCAUCACCUCCGCUUUCCCCGAUCUUCGAUUCGACGUCGUCCGUCUCCAGCAUCCCGACCCCAACCUCAUCGGAGCCUUCGACUUCACCAACACCUCCGUGGUUCUUGCAAUUCCAAACGGCCUUAUCGCUCCGAUGGCUUCCAGUCGCACUCUGGCCGUCGAGUGGCUCCGCGUCCACGUCCUCCCUUUCUAUCCGCGCUCCAAGAUCGCAGUGAUCUCCGUCGGCGAAGACGCGGUCGCCGUCUCUCAGAUCUCGUUCCUGCUGCCUGCCAUACGCAACGUCCACGUCGCGCUCAGAGACGACAUCGGAAUCAGGUCGAUCUCCGUCUCCACGACCUUUUCCUUCAUCAACAUCGUGACGGCGGUGCGUCCUCCUUCGGCGGCCACUUUCCAGGAGCCGAUCGGCGGGGCGGUGAUCCGGCCACUGCUGAAGUUCUUGGAAGACACAAAUUCUUCCUUCUUGGUGAAUCUUUACCCGCACAACAUGUACGGAUUGAGCUAUCAGAUAUCUCCCGGAGUUGCUCUGUUUCAUGAAGGCGCUUCCAAUUUCAGCACUGGAGUCCGGAACGGCAAUCCGUUCGAGAUGAUGGUGGAUGCUGUCGUCACUUCCUUGGAGGUCGCCGGCCACGGGAACAUCCCCUUGAUCGUCUUCGUCGCCGAGACGGGCGAGGGAACGCCGCUGCGGAAAGAAGGGGUAGCGCCGGCCUACAUCUACGAGCUGGUUGAAGCCGUUUCUAAGCAGCAGCUUCAGCUGCAGCAGGGGGAGCACAAUUGGGGCAUUCUGUACCCAAGCAUGAGCAAGAAGCAUGAGCCGGACUCUUCGAUCGCCAGUAAGAACACUGUGAUUUCUUUCGGAGUUCUGGUUUGCGUUUUCUUCUUCUCUUUACUACUCCUUCAUCCGCCUCGCACAACUCUUUCGGCCCGAGCACUGGCGGAAUCCAUAUUUGCUUUGGUCCUUUCGGUUAUUGGUUUCCUAUACACUCCGGAGCAGGAACAGGAAGGUCGACGAAACAUGGGCCGUGAGAUACGCCACAGAGGACCUCGACGAAACAGGGGCCGUCAGGUACACCGCAGAGGACCUAAGCCAUUUUGGAUCUUUGUCGCCCUCGUAGUCACUGCGCUGUUUGUUGGUGGGUUACUGGCGAUAUUGAUCUAGCUGGAGAGAUUGUUUCUUUUUUCCCGUUCACUGUUCUGCUUUCGUCUAGAUAAUUGGGGAUUGAAUUGUGGUUUCUGCGGAGCAAUUUUUGUGAAUAGAUCUGGGAAUAGUGGUUUAAUAGCUUGAUUCCAAUUUUGAUCGAACUGUUCAGGGUUGUAGAUGGAAUCAGAUUGAGGAAUUCCCCUCAUGUAACUACAGUUUUGUAAUGAUGAAUAAUAAUGGCGAUUCGCUCACCUGAAUUGGUUUCUCUCUUCUGAAUUCCGAAUUCGCAUUUGCAGAUAAUUAGUUCAAGGAAGAUGGUUGUUUUAUGGUACAUAGAUGGUUGAAUUAAUUAAUAAUCAAAACUAUUUGGAUCACUGGAUUGAUAAGCUUUUGGGGGGAUUUGGGCUUCUGGGCACGUUGGACUGAUUGUUUUGGGCCUAUAAAAUAGUCUUUCUAAAUUCUACCUGCCGGCGUAAGAAAAGGAACGAUCUUCCAUAGACGAUCUUCUUCCCAGUUCCAACCCAAACCCCAGGGUCCAGGGUCAAUAUCAGCGCUUGUGAUAUGCCUAGCUUAGCGAGAGCUUGCACAGAAAAGUCGAUGGCCAAAAGCAGAGUCCUUCAGUGAAACGGGGCUCCGCCGGGUUGCAUUUGCAGGUAGGUCUACGAUUGAUUUCUGCAAUUACCCUCUACCAUGUGCUCAAUUAUAUUAUCAUAUAGCGUUUCGAACUCGGUUAUUGUGGCAUGAAAUCAACUGGGAUUUGCUCAAGUUUGCAUUCUGUUUCAAGUAAUUGCUUGGGGGAAUCACUUACUGGUUCGGCUGUUUCAGUUCAUUCCCUGUUUCAAGCUUCUGGGUUUGCUGCGGGAGGAAUGCUAACCCAUUGAAUUGCUUAUUGCAGUUGUGAUUGUGAUGCGGUGUGAGCAAAGCUGGAUUAAGGAGAACUAAAUAUCUUGUAAGUUGAUGGGGAAAACAAAAACACAUUGGACUCCUGCAAUCAGAAAGUAUUCGUGGAUGCCUGUCUGGAUCAGACUUUGAAGGGAAUAGACCCUCUACUUGUUUCACUAAAUAUGGAUGGGACAAUAUCUUACAAGCAUUAAAUAGAAUAGAUUGGUUGCAUAUUGACAAGAAGCAGUUGACAAACACUGGAAUAUCACAAAGGAGCGUUGGACAAUCUGGUGCAAUAACCACGGAUAGCAUCAUGAAAUGGAAUCCUGAAACCGGUUUCUUUGGGCAAGAGAUGCAGAUUGGAGCACCUAUUGGGUAUGUGUAUUAUUGCUGUUAGUAUUUGGCGGUUUUUUUAGUUGGUUGAUUAUUGAGCAAUUGUCCGUUGAAUGCCUAUAGGAGCACCUGAAGCUGGGAUAUUUCCAGUCAAAAAGCGCCUGCACCAUGUCAAGCUGGAAAUCAUUUUUUAUCUUGUCAACCUGGGAGAAGGGAGGUAAACUGUCUCUAGAAUGUCCAGAUGAUGUGAAAACCAACAAUAUACUUGACCAUGUAGUUGCUAUUUACUUGUGCUAGCUACAUGUCCGUUGAGUUUACAUAUUGGUUUGACAAAUGUCUUUUUGCUGCAACAAUCUGAAUUACCAGGUCGGAUCUCCUGCUCGUUUUGUCUGAUUGCACCAAUUGAUGUGGUUGUCCCUCCAGGAAACACUGUGCUUGAUCCAUCUCAGACAUGUUUCAUCCAGGUUAGUGGUUGCUCUAUUACUACUCCAUUAGCUUAAUCUUAUUUCUGAUGUAAAAUGGGGCUUGAAUGCUUGGUGGGUGGGUUUCUGGAUCUGCGAUUUGAGGUACAUUUCUGAUUUGUUAUGCAAAAACUGUGGAGUCUCCUUCCAUCUCAACAGAUUAUGGGUUCACCUUCUGAUUUCGGCCGGUCCAUCACUUUCUUAUUUCCUUAUCUCUGGCUUUCCUCUGGAAAUAUCUUCAAGAACUAAUGCCACCAUGUAGUUUUGCGUACCAUUAGUUUCCUACCCUUAUACCUCUCUUCUCCUGAAUUAAUUGAUUAUUAGUAAAAAACAGUCUUUUGCUUCUUUUUCCCAUUGGAAUCCCAAUCCCUUCUACUCUCACUUGCUUUUUCUCCUAUUCCACAAGUGGGUAACAUACACUAAUCCGGCCAACGGGCCGGGUAAUAGGUUGUACAUGGUUCAAAAUGAUACAAUGCAGUAGGUGAUAUGUGUCUCGAAGGUUUUGAGUUGCUAAAGUUCAUGUUAAAAAUAAACAUGAAUUAAAAUAGAUUAUUCUAUUAAGCAAACAUCCCCUCUAAUCAUACAAAGAUCAGAUAUCCAAUUCACAAACAAUUAAGCCAUAAAAAAUCAUCACACAUCCACCACCUUUGAUUGCCUAAAUUUGGUUUUUCGCAAAGUUAUGGACUCUUAAGGGUAACGUUCAUGGGUAGUCUGUUUCAUAACUCUAGAGAGCACAGUAAGCAACCACCAACCAGCACAGUGCGGUAGGCGAAUAUGAUUCUCAAUUCACAAUUUCUCACCACCGGAAGUAAGAACAGACCAUAAUAAGCGUCGCGUUCAUGGGUGGUCUGUUUCAUAGCACUACUACACAAUUUGUUAAAAAAGAAAGAAAGGUAUUUAGCAUCACGGCAGAACAACUUUUACAGGCCGACAACGACAACAUGUUGCAACCACCAGAACUGGUAUCACAACUCAUAGGGAAAAUCAAAAGAUUUACUCUCAAAUUAAGCAGUUACAACAUCGCAAUCGUCAAGCACAUACACCAUCACAAAAGUCACGAAAAGUGAUUCACAAAGCAUUCAAACAUUUGAGGACAUUUCUGCAAAGGUACAACUUAUAUGUCUUUUUCCAAGCCAUUUCCAUCAACAUGCUAAUAAAUUUGCUAUGCAUAAAACAAACGGGCCAAAACUUGAAAUUCAGCCUGUUUGACCGACCCAUGCCAAAUUCUAAUUAUUCUUUACUUUUAAACUUUCUAUUUGAAAAUAAAAAAUAGUGAAAGAA